UUAAAUACUGCACAGAGCCGGAAACCCUAGACGCCACUAACAGGCUUUAGCAAUUAUCAGCAUCCAGUCUCGUCUUCUCAUUUUUGAGUUGCAGCAUCCCCGCCGGCGAGAAAUCUCUUCAGUUUGAAAUGGCGGUCGCACUCCAUGAUGUCAAAUCGGCAGCUGGUUUGAAAAAACUUGACGAGUACUUGCUUAGUCGUAGCUACAUUUCCGGGUAUCAGCCUUCAAAGGAUGAUGUUACCGUUUAUGAGAGUCUCUCCAAACCCGUAUCCAGCGAAUAUCUUAACGUGGCUAGGUGGAGCAAUCACAUCGAAGCACUCUUGAGAGUUUCUGCUGUUUUUGGAGAGGGUUCUGGCGUUAAGUUCGAAUCAGCUGAGGCAAUUGCAACCCCACCGGCCGGGGACGCAAAGGCUGCUGCUGAUGACGACGACGACGAUAUGGAUCUUUUUGGUGAAGAGACUGAGGAGGAAAAGAAGGCUGCAGAGGAGCGUGCAGCUUCCAUCAAGGCUUCUACUAAGAAGAAGGAAUCUGGCAAGUCAUCAGUUCUGAUGGAUAUUAAACCCUGGGAUGAUGAGACCGACAUGAAGAAACUUGAAGAGGCCGUAAGAAGCGUUGAGAUGGAAGGUUUGCUUUGGGGAGCAUCCAAACUUGUUCCUGUUGGAUAUGGUAUUAAGAAAUUGCAGAUAAUGCUCACAAUUGUGGAUGACUUAGUGUCUGUUGACACUUUGAUUGAGGAACGUCUGACAGUUGAACCCAUAAACGAGCAUGUCCAGAGCUGUGAUAUUGUGGCCUUCAACAAAAUAUAAUUUUGAGCUUUGGUGGUUUCAAAGAUGUUGCCGAGUCCAGGGAAGAUCUUUUUAUUAUUUGUUUACAAUCUCAUGUGUCUGUUUCUCGUUUCUACCUCUUCAAACUUGUUUUGUCUACUUGCUUCUAUGAAUUUUGAAGCGAGCUUCUUGAAAUUGUCUUAGAGUUAUCAUGUUUCAUGAAUUUUUCUGAUCAAGUCGAUGAGCAUUUGAUUGACGCUU